CUCCGUCCCAGGUUCUUGUUUUGCUUGUCGAAACGGAGGCGACCUCUAACGUACUUUCCUGGAAGCUCGCUUAAUCCUCCUUCAUCGCGAGCAGACGACGCUGCGGUCUUCUGUCCGCAGCAGACGACGCGUUUUGCGGCCGUAGUUUGUCGCAUUUACUGCAGCGUGGCAUUUGCGGCUUUUUUUUUUCUUCCGCUGUGCACGACUUCGAAGUGUGGAUUCCCUCUUCUUUUGUUGCUAGUGUUCGCCUCUUUUUCGUACCUGGGAAGGAAGCCUGUUUCGCGGCGCUGUUUUUUUUUUUCUCCGCGCCUAAAGUAGCGGUGCUAACGGCUUCAAGAUGAUGGAAGGAACGCUUUCCGAGUACGCCUUCUACUUGCUCUUUCCGUGUUCCCUACUCGUCGGACUGCUCUGUUUGGCCAAGCACAUCAUUCGAAGGACCGAAUUCUUCCACAACGACGACUCCCUUGAAGGCAAAACCAUUGUUGUGACAGGCGGUUCCAAUGGCCUCGGUCGCACCCUGUGCUUGGAGCUUGCGCGGCGGGGAGCCCGCGUGGUCAUCGCGUGCCGCACGCGACUGCGGCGCGACUCGACGGCCUUCUUCCUGCGCGAGAAGACCGGCUCGUUCAACUUCCGAGUCAUGUACAUGGACCUGACCAACUUGGAGUCCAUCCGCGAGUUCGCCAAGGAGCUCAUCGCCUCGGAGCAGCGCCUCGACUGCAUCGUCAACAACGCCGCGAUAAUGACUGGGCGCGACUUCACUGCUGACGGCAUCGACCUGAUGAUGGGCGUCAACUACGUGGGCCACUUCUUCCUCACCACGCUGCUGAUCGACAAGCUCCGCUCGACGCCCGGGGGCAUCGCUCGCAUCAUCAACGUGGUGUGCGGCGGCUUCCGCAACGGCCACAUGGCCGACCUGGAGGACAUGGAGGACAAGCGAGUGCGCCACGAGUACGACUACCGCACCGUCUACCGGAGCUCCAAGCUGGGACUGUACCUCUUCAACAAGGAACUGGCCAGGAGGUACCGCCCGUUCGACGUGGCCGCAUUCUGUGUGGACCCUGGUUUGAUCGCCACCAGCCUGUACAAGAAUCUGCCCGGAUUCCAAGGACGCUUCAUGCAAACUUUCGCUCGUAUCAUGUUCCGCACCACCGAAGAGGCCGUCCAGUCAGUCCUUUACGCCAUCAUGGCCCGCAAGAUUGAGUCGGACUCCGGAAAGGUGAUCAAGGACCUGCACGCGUACGACGCCCGCAGCUCGGAGUGGAACGACGAGGCGACCCGCAGCCUGUGGGAGCGCACCGAGGAGCUGAUCCGCUCCAAGGGCAUCCCCUUCUCCCUCUCCGAGGAGGCCGAGGAAGAGGACCUGGGCGGAGGCGUCGAGGCGGCCAAGAUCAACCUGGAGGCGUUCGCUCAACGAAUGCAGCAGGGCAUCCAGCAGGUGCGGCCCCCCGCUGAGGAGGAGGAAGAGGAGGAGGAGGAGGAGGAAGAAGAAGAGGAAGAGGAAGAGGCCUAGAGAACGCGCGCGCACUCCUUUCACCGCAGGGCUCGCUACAGGCACGCUAAACAGCCGCAAUUCGUCACGCUAUACCACGCAACAGUUAUAUACGUGUCACAUCGCUGCUGAGCAACGCGAGCCGCAUAGGUAUAAGUAGAGUCACUUGCUCCGGCGAGGACGACUUUAAGUUUCAGCCAUAAGCGUUCACAGGGCAGAAGAGGAGGAGGGGAGGGGGUAGUGUCACUGCAGCACCACUCCCUCCUUAGUUGGAAAAGUCCGAAAGAUAUCUUCAAAGGCUUCAAAAACAAAAACUGAGGCAAUGACAUGUUGCCUUCCUUUUUUUUUUCACGACUUUGCGGAGGGUAGCGGUGGGCAGUGGCAAAACUUAUUCAGCUAUAAAGGUUUUUGCGAGUCAGAUAUUUCCGCUUAACGUCUCCUUAUUCCGUUAAGUAGGGUUUGGGUGAAAAGGAAUAACAGAUCUGGCCGUAAUGUGAGAAGGAUUCAGCCUGUUGUGAUCGUGGAGGACGACAAGCGUACAACCAACAACCGACACGUAGUGGCGUUCAGUCCGAGACUGUCUUUAUUUUCGAAUUUUCCCUCCCCGACUCGCGGCCCCGUAAGUCUUUCAUCGGGCCCAGCGCGCCGCCGCCAGCUCUCCUCCAUCCGGCUAAGGUUUCUCGUGCGUCUAGAAUAAAAGCGCACGGCACACAGGCCGUUGAUAACUUCGGCGUGGUAGAGAACACGUCGCCUUGCACUGAAAUCUAUGGGGGAUCAUGACUCUAUCGGAAGAUCGUUGAGAUCCAAGUAGCUGGGGCACCCGUGGAAAGUAAGUACUGUAAAGCAUUGUAGGAAGUUGCUGUAGCGAGCCUUGCCUUGAAAGGAGGAGCCCGAUUAGGUGUUUUCUAAGGUCUCGCAUGCCAGAAGACCAUCACGCAUGAGUUUAAUAAUCCCGAGAAACGACCGUGUUUUCGAGGUGAUCAUUUCCAGAACGUUGUAGUCAAAUGUCAAAUCCAUGGCACCGUAAGGUGUCUUUAUAAAAAAAAUCCAACCAAGCAGCGUAUGUUUUACCGUGAGUUCCAGAACCAGGACAGGACAAGGCGCACCCUAAAGGGAAACGAAUAAUUAACGGAUAAAAGGCCUCUUCGAUGACGUUAAGCGAGAGCGAGCUAUGAUCUUUUAUGAAAGAGCUAUAUGCGACGAUUUUUCGAUGCAAUCAGAAUGUACAGCCCUAGUCACGCGUGAUAUAUAAACUCCUGCCAGAAGUUGCCAUAAAUUAUAUCACCUUAUCACUUUAUUUCCACUGCCCAGACAAAGGCCUCUCCCUCUUCUCUUCGUGUGUUUUAGGUUCAACCUCGUCCAUUCCUCCCCUCUCGGUAUCCUCGCUUCAUCCUUGAAUUUGGUUCUCAAAGUUCCUCCAAGUAAUUGUACUGGGGAGCAUUCUGUGUUGAGGUCUGCACCGACUUCUUUUGGUUCGUUUGUAACAACAACAACAGCAAAAGAAGAGAAAGAAAAUGUAACGCAGAACAGCACAUACGUGGGCAAGUUAUGCAAAAAUGACAAAGCAAAAAAAAAAAAAAGAGCGCUCGGACUGAUAGCCUCAUCUGACAUAGCGUAAGAGAGCUCAAGAAAACGGUGGAUGCCUUGUAACAUACGUAACGAUAAAAAGGAAACAGAAAAUGGCCCCGUAUUUCCAUGUUUCAUUGCAAAUGUCGUCUAAAGACGUUAGUAUUGCGUGUGGAGAGAGUGAACAAAACGUUUAUUUGAUGUUCUGUGCGAUAAAAUCGGUGAAUUGUAUUCUGGAAGCGCUGCGUUAGAGAGCCUCGAUCCGUGCAGCGAAGGCGAACGAGCGCAUCGAGGCACGUUAGACACGAGCGCCAUCUGGCAGUUAUCUUUGAAAACGAAGAAAGCCGUGCGCGCCCACGGAGAGAGAUGCGCCCCUGUCUUGGAGGCGGUAAGGUGUAGAACGCAAAGCGACUGGCAGGUGCCACCACAGUACAUGUCGACUUAGCAAAGCACUGGAACACUUGCAUUUUUGGACAUCGCGUUGCACUGUCAGCGCAGCCUGAUAAACGCUAUGGGCCUUGGACUUACUAAUGUGUGCCUCCUCUAGUAUAAGGACAUUCAUACAAAAUAUUGACGUGUUGUUAUGGUGCCCCAGGUAUGCGCAAUAAUUGAUUUGACAUUGACAAUCGCACGAGUAUGAACGCUGAAUAAUUGAGCACUAUUGGUGUGCGCUGCCGAUGGGGUUGGCCGUUUAAGGCACUGUUUGGGGCCGUUAGGAGUAUCGUUAGCUCGGACAAACAGACGAAUGUACAGACAGACAGACCAAAAUUUUGGCGUCGAAGGACCCCAAGAAAGACUAUAUCAUCUUAAAAACAAAUCAUGGUUAAACGGGCUCACUGGAUAUCGGCUGCGUUCCAAAGCCAGUGUUUGCAUCGUUUUCCGAACUAAAUUAAUAGCUUGCUCGUGAGGUCGUAGGUGCAGCUACACUUACCUACUGGUACGACAGCAUGACGGCUAUGACGAUGUCAACGCAGUUUAUUCACUACUGUGGUUUACGUAUGUUUCAAUGUUAUAAAGAUGCCACCGAAACGCCAUUGACCCCUGUGUCUGUACUUGCGUGCGAUUUACUGAUGACGUUCACGUGACGUCACGAACCUCACUUUAAACAAAGUUUUAAUCAUCAUCAUCAUUCUCAAAAGGCUGGCGCAACAUAGUGGCUUCAGUGACGUCAGUGGAACUGGCCUAUCCGCAGAUCCCGAGAAUUCUGCACAAUAUGUGAUAACUCCCCAAUAGAGAGUUUCCUGCUUAAAGUUUUUUCUUCGUCUGAGCUCUCUACCUUACGCCCCCUGUAUACGCUAAUAUGCAAAUAUGUUUCCUGCUUUUCACAUCAGGAGUCAUGUACAAGCCUGCCUUUCACUUCUUCUUAACAGAUAUGUCUCAUGUGUUUUACAGCAGCUAUUCUGUGUGCCUAUGUGUUGAGACGUCCCGCUUCGGCAAAUGUCUUUGCCUAGGCCUUCUAUGAAGCAUAUACGUUAUCAAAAGCCUAAAGCAACUCGGGCUCUUUCGAUAUGGCAUGACUAAGCCUAAGCUAAUGUCGAACGGCUCAAUUCACGUCAAGAUGCGUGGCGCGGGCUGUACAUUCUGCCUUGUAGGAAAAGCAACCUCUUCCACUGAUUGCUGCAAUUGAAAUUUUGUCAGCACUGGUUUUUAUCAGCGAAUUGAUCAAGUUUUUCGUGAACCGUAUAAGCGCUUAAAGCUUGUCUACGGAUGGAAGCAAUGACCUCCGUCUUUUUCCAGGUUGACGACUGACCUGGCGCUGGAGUUCACGGUGAAGACGCUGACUCAUGCGCACGAGCGUCCUUCGUUGUUAUCUCAUUUCUACCCUCUCCUUUUUUUCUCCCGUUUCCCUUCAUGUGUACAGAUCGCUGUGACUCCGUGUUACGUGUUGUCCUUAUGUUGUCCCAUCUUUCUUUUUUUCUUCUUUUCUACCCUCUAAGUAUUUAUCUUUCUGUUGCGAUAUGACGUACUACACGAAUCGCAGCACCGCCCCCUCUUGGCUCGCUACGAAGUCUAAAGGCCCGCGAUCUUCAGAAUCGUUGCUAGUACCACGUCAAGUGACUGGUCCCUUGUCUGCAGACACAGUCCUUGCGAGUCGAAAAACUGACGCACACUUUGACAGUGCCGCAAAGGAAUACAGUAUAAGGACGACUUUACGGUAGACACAAUGGUACUACCAUCUUGGGCUGUGAAACUAGUGUUUUCUUAUUUUUGUAGUCCGCCAAUGAAAUGUCGACCUUGCAAACCUAAUCAUGUGCGUGUAUGCAUACACCGGAGCAUUGUUCAUUUGGUUAUUACUAUAUUGGUUUUACUGGCGCAAGGGCCAUGUUUGGCCAAGGAGCGCAAUGAGAAAAUAGUUUGUUUAGUCUGAUAUAAAACGGCAAGGCAGUAGAGCCCAAUAUGGCAGCACAGAAACCCAUACCUUAUAUACGUAAAGAAAGUCUAGCUUCAUUGU